UGGCUAUGGUAAAAUGGAUUGUGACGUGAAGGUUUAAAAUCCCGGGGGAGGGAGAGCAUCGCAUGUCCUCGCCCACGGUAAAGUAGGUAGUCGGCUGACAGGGCACAUACGACAGACGCACCACCCAUUACACUAAAUAACAUUCUUUCUUCACUAUGUAUCCAGGCAUGGCUCCUCAAAUAUCACCCUAGUGAGGCGUGAACCAGCACGAGCGGUAACAUGGCCACCUAUCACCAGGUUCUAGCUGCAAUCCAAUUACAAGCCUGAACAAAAAGUCGGACCAAUCAGAAAAUGUCUUUGCCAUAUCUCUAAGAAUGGCGGAGUUUGUUUUUCUUGGCCGGGUACCUCAGAUACCUGAUGAUGAGAAGGGGUAUGAGUUGGACCUCUUCUGUGUCCCCAAACACUAUGAGGAGGAUUUAGACCGGGUCAUCAUCCCUCAUGGACUGAUCAUGGACAGGACUGAGCGCCUGGCUCGUGAUAUAGUCCGGGACAUGGGGGGACACCAUAUAGUAGCACUGUGUGUUCUCAAAGGAGGUUAUAAAUUCUUUUCCGACCUGCUGGACUACAUCAAGGCCCUAAAUCAGAACUGCGAUAAGUCUGUCCCGUUGACUGUGGAUUUCAUUAGACUAAAGAGCUAUUGCAAUGACCAGUCUACAAACAGUGUCAAAGUUAUUGGAGGGGAUGAGCUCUCUACUCUAACGGGGAAGAAUGUUUUGAUAGUUGAGGACAUUGUGGAGACUGGGAGGACUAUGGAGACACUGCUAUCACUGCUGAGUGAAUGCAAUCCAAAGAUGGUCAAAGUGGUCAGCCUUCUAGUUAAGAGAACACCAAGGAGUUCAGGAUACAGACCAGACUACAUGGGGUUUGAGGUGCCUGAUUGGUUCCUGGUGGGAUAUGCCCUGGACUACAACGAGUAUUUCAGAGAUCUCGGUCACAUCUGUAUACUGAACGAGAAAGCAAAGGUGAAGUACAAAGUGUGAGUUGAAGAGGAGGCAAUGGACAGAUGGAUGAACCACUUUGGAUGAAACACUAGGAAAAUUGAGAUUUUUGGGGUUCUGAACCAAAUGUUUUUUUUUAUUUAUUUUUUACUCAUGGAUCCUACUUACAUACUUAAUAGAGCCCCACGGUGGUGUCAUAAUACCUAUAUAAUCUAAAGGUCAAUCAGAUAAAUGGUUCCAAUUGGUUUUCCACCAUUCAUUUUUCCCAUAGGGAAUUUUAAAAACAAUUCAAAUAAGGGCUGUGUUUCGUGUAGGCUCACCCCGGUGUGAUGUUUAGAUACCGUUUGGAACCACUUUUUUGUUUGGCCGAUGGAUUUAAUGGGUAUUAUGACUCGUACAUUGGUACUCUAUGUGAACACAUGGAUUGUGAAUUCACUUUGCAAGAUGCUCUUUGAGAACAUUUUUAUUUCUUAUUUUCAAAAUGAUUGUUGCCCUGGAAGGAGUGGGAUGAGUAAUGUGUUUUUAAGUAGAGGAGGACUCGUGUAAAGAUGGUUAUGGGAGAUAUUACACUAUUAUAAUUUCAAUGUAUUUUAUAUAUUAUCUUGGGGCCUCGAAGGCCUCUUAGUCUGAUUACGUUAGUAAUAGUGAACAGUGGCGACCUGUCAUUCAGGGUAGGUGUGGCAGAGCCCCACUUGUUUUAAGCCCCACUUGUUUUAAGCCCCACCUGUUUUGAGCCCCACCUGUUUUAGGGGGGAUUGCCUGUUUUGCAUGUUAUUUUGUCAUUGAUACGUGUCAUCAGUUUGUAAACAAUGU